UAUAUUACCUGUCAUCUGUAAUAUUGAUUUUAGUAUUAUAAAAGAAAAGAAAAACAAACGAAUCAAAAUGAUUAACAUCGCUGGUGUAGUUUCAAUAGUAUUAUUUUAUAUUCUCAUAUUAGCUGUGGGUAUAUGGGCUGGACGCAAAAAAGAGGCCGGCAAUGAUUCCGAGGAAGAAGUUAUGCUCGCUGGACGAAGCAUUGGAUUAUUUGUUGGAAUAUUUACAAUGACUGCUACUUGGGUUGGUGGUGGUUACAUUAAUGGCACGGCUGAAGCUAUAUAUACUCAAGGGCUUGUAUGGUGUCAAGCGCCCUUUGGUUAUGCACUCAGUCUUGUAUUUGGUGGUAUUUUUUUCGCCAAUAAAAUGCGUCAACAAGGUUAUAUAACAAUGUUGGAUCCUUUACAAGAUUCAUUUGGAGAACGAAUGGGGGGUCUGCUAUUUUUACCAGCUUUAUGCGGUGAAGUGUUUUGGGCUGCUGGUAUUUUAGCUGCUCUAGGUGCCACAUUAAGUGUUAUCAUCGACAUGGAUCAUCGUACCAGUGUUAUAUUCAGUUCAUGUAUUGCCGUAUUUUACACAUUAUUUGGAGGACUGUAUAGUGUCGCUUACACAGAUGUUAUUCAAUUAUUUUGUAUAUUCAUUGGUCUUUGGAUGUGUAUUCCAUUUGCAUGGGCUAAUGAGCAUGUGGCAUCAUUAGGAUCAAUGGAUGUCGAUUGGAUUGGCGAAGUAGAUCCAAAAGAAUUCUGGUUUUACAUUGAUUAUGGUUUACUAUUAAUAUUUGGUGGUAUACCAUGGCAAGUAUACUUCCAGCGUGUUCUAUCAUCGAAAACAGCUGGACGUGCUCAAUUAUUAUCGUAUGUAGCGGCAGCUGGAUGUAUAUUAAUGGCCAUACCCCCGGUGAUGAUUGGUGCUAUUGCAAAAGCAACUGCAUGGAACGAAACGGAUUACAAAGGACCAUAUCCAUUAACCGUAGAUCAAACUAGUAUGAUAUUACCAAUGGUUUUACAAUAUUUAACACCAGAUUUUGUAUCAUUCUUUGGUUUGGGUGCUGUAUCUGCAGCGGUCAUGUCAUCAGCUGAUUCUAGUGUAUUAUCGGCUAGCUCAAUGUUUGCGCGAAACGUUUAUCGUUUAAUAUUCCGACAGAAAGCUUCAGAAAUGGAAAUUAUUUGGGUGAUGCGAGUAUCAAUUUUAGUUGUUGGUGUAUUAGCAACGAUUAUGGCACUAACAAUUCCAUCUAUAUAUGGUUUAUGGUCAAUGUGCUCCGAUUUAGUAUACGUUAUUUUAUUCCCACAAUUGUUAAUGGUUGUACAUUUUAAGCAUCAUUGUAACACAUAUGGAAGUUUAGCUGCCUACAUUGUAGCAUUUUUGGUACGAGUAUCUGGUGGAGAACCAAUUAUGGGUUUACCAGCAUUAAUCCAUUAUCCUGGAUGGGAUGAGGAAAAUGAACGACAACUAUUCCCAUUCCGGACGAUGGCCAUGUUAAUGUCACUGAUAACUUUAGUUGGAGUUUCAUGGUGGACGAAAUGGGUGUUCGAAACUGGCCGCUUAGCACCUGGUUACGAUUGGUUCCGUUGCGUAGUUAAUAUACCAGAUGAUGUAGAGCGUGUCGAUGAUCCAAGUGAAGUUGGCGAACAAAUGUCUGUAAUGGCUGCUGGUCCCAUGGGAAAAUUAUAUGGAGCAGCAACUAUGGUUGGUAAAGAUGAAAUGAAUGGACGUAUAAAUCCAGCUUUAGAGCCUGACGACGAUAUGGAUCCGCAUGAAAUCGAACGUUUAAAAUCAUUAGGACAAAUAAACGUUAAAGCUGCAGCGGCCGGAGCUGGUGGAGGUAAUAAUAGUCGUAAUACUUCAAUAAAUAGAAAACAACAAUCUAGUAGUAGUGGUGGGGGUAGUAGUCAUGAUACAUAUCCUGGUAGUAAUCGAACAGGACCACAAGGACAAACAACAUUAUAAAUAUA